AUGCAGCUGCAGAAGAGUCAGGUACCAGCCUGUGCCCGGGGUCCCCGAUCCAGUUUUACCCGCGGCCGGGAGGGAUCGGAGCGCAGCGGCCCGGCCCGCACCCGCGCCCAUCGGAGCGCCCAGAGCCCGCGGGCCCCGGCGUCGAGCUCAGCGGCGUCCGACUCCGGCGCGUCUCUAGCCGCCAGGGCCGCGGCCGCGGGCCUGCGGGCCUUGGGAGCUAAGGGGUCGGGCUGGCUCCGGCGCGAUCCGUGGGCUCCGCUCACCACCGGCUUCUGCAGCGGGGGGCCGGCCGGGAUCGAGCGGCCGGAACCGGGGCCGCGACCCACCAUCGCGCGGCAGCGGGACGGCAUCAGGACCAUCAUCUUGAGUGAUCAAAAGAGAAGAAACGCGCGAAAUGCACUGUCAUUGGCCAUGCUGAAAUCUCUCCAGAGCGACAUCCUUCCUGAAGCUGAAAGCCAGGAUCUGAAGGUCAUGAUGCUGAUCCAGAACCAUCCAGUCCCCAUCAUCGCCAUGGUGAAUGGCCUGGCCACAGCGGCUGGGUGUCAGCUGGUUGCCAGCUGUGACACUGCCAUGGCAAGUGACAGGUCCUCCUUUGCCACGCCGGGUGUGAACAGAGGGCUCUUCCGUUCCACCCCCGCAGCGGCCUCGGGGAGAGCAGUGCCCAGAAAGGUGGCCUUGGAGAUGCUCUUCACUGGGGAGCCCAUCUCUGCCCAAGAGGCCCUGCUCCAUGGGCUGCUGAGCAGGGCGGUGCCAGAGGAGUGGCGGGAGGAGGAGACCAUGAGGAUUGCGAGGAAGGUGGCCUCACUGAGCCGGCCAGUGCUGUCGCUGGGCAAAGCCGCCUUCUACUGGCAGCUGGCCCAGGACCUCAGGAGUGCCUACCACCCCACCUCCCAGACCAUGGUGAACAACCUGGGCCUGACGGAUGGCCAGGAGGGGGUCAAGGCCUUCCUCCAGAAGAGGAAGCCCGUCUGGUCACACUGAGCGGCCUCAUCAGAGGAGCCGGGGGCCGUGAUCCCAGUGGGGAGUGCUCAGGACCCCACCGCCCCACGCCCAGCCUUCAAACCCCCAACCACCGCCGCUGCCUGUGACUGCAGCUGUCAGCCUGCUCUUCCAGCAUUGGUAAUGGUCUCAGUGCACACGUUCUGUGUUAGGAGCCACGACUCCUUGGGGAAGGGGCGACCUGGAGAGUUGGGCACCAAUGUCAGCAGAAGGGCCGUGCACACCUCAGCUGAGCCAGCUGUGUGAGAAAGCCCACCUGUGAUGCUCCUUCUGGAACCUUAGGUGAGAAGAUGCCCCACAGGGGAGAAGGUGCUGUAAACUGAGGCAGGAAGGAAGGAUUUCAGCCUGAUUCUUACCAAAAAGUACCCCCAAGGUGGACGUGGUGCUGUUUGCCUUCACCAGGUGAAGCAUUUCAAAUCUCCACAAGAUACUCUUCACUCUGAAAAUCUUGGUUCUUUUGAAAAAUAAUCACACCUAUGGCUUUGGGAUAAUCUUUGGGGUCUUUGAAAGAUUACCUAUUUAGUGAGACUGAUCAUUUUAUCUUCCCAACUUCCCAAGCUGCUUAAAAGAAGAAAAUCAGUUAGCUCUUUCUUUGAUGCCUGUGCUAAUGGACAUCUAGCAGGUGCCUGGUGCUUCUCUAAUGAAGGUCCCAGGUACUGGGAACCUGGACCCUGGACUGAGAAUUCAAGUAUUGCAGAAGAAAAGGAGGGACACAGAACACACAUUAUACCCAUGAAGAAUCAUCUACUCCGGAAGCAUUCCCAAGCUCUGCUCAGCUUCCGGUAAAGAGUCCAGAUUAACUUCAAGUGUUCAAGUUCCCCAAAGAUUGUUUAGGACCUGAACAUCUUCUUUCUGGCUUCUGGCCCAUUUAGGCUCCAGAAAUGUCCUAGACCUCUGGUCACACCUUGGGGCUGAUUUUUUUUUUUUUUUAACCUACCAGUUGAGUGGCCGUAAAUGUAAUUAGUACCAAAGACAGAACCUUGAGGCUUCACUAACUGGUUCUCAUUCUAAGCCAGUAGGGCAAUCAGCCCCUGGAAGGGCAGUCUCCUAGUGGGUUUCUGUUGAGAUUGGGUUUUUUUUCCUUGCCAGAGUCUAGAAGGGUGACAAGGAGUGUUUUCUUGGAAAGGAGAAGCUUGUUAUUAAGAAUGUUCCUCAGAAGAGAGAUCAUCAGAGCCGCCACCAGUACAUGCCAGCACCCCCAUAGUCCUCAUUCAUUGCCCACCAGCACCCCGCCGAGCAGGGCCACCAUCACCUCCAGUUUGCGGACGAAUGGGGGAGACGGGGUAGAGUGAGUGUCCCAGGCUCUGUCUGCUGAUAAAGCCGUGAGUGCCCUCCCCAGCCUGCCCACCUUGUGGGGGAACCUGGGCUGCAGUGAGGCGGGCCUGCAGACCUGACCGCCACCGGGCAGCCUUUCAGAACCCAGAGCUGGGCCGAGCGCGCCCCCUGCUGGAGGACUUUACAGGCUCACCGGCGACGUGGGAUUUGACUAUUGGCAAACCACCAGUCCAGUUUUGUUGUUUUACUAGGAAUCUGACAAACAACGGGCUGAUAUUCCAGACCAGGCUGUGAAGGACUGGCCAUGAUGAUCUGCUCACUAAUAACGCCGCCGGCGGGGCCCUUUCGGGUUGCCCGCCGUGGGGGUCAUUGUGCGGCCACCUCAGACCCCACAGUGAGGAGAGGGUGUUAUACUCUCCGGGCUUUUGUUGAAAGUCAGCAAAACCUUCCACGUCCCAGUGAAAACCAAAAGUUGCCUUUCCAGUUUCGGUACGCGCUGAACCAUAGCUCCCAACCAGGAAAUUCUCAGGCCUCCAGGCUGGCUUCCCAGCCUGUGAGCUGAAGUGCCCUCGGGGGACACGCUAUAAAUCCUAAUAAUCGUCGGAGCAGAAAAUAAUCCUGGAAUAAAACCUGCUACCCAACCACCAGUGUCACAUAAUUCAUCCCCAAGGCAGAUAUAAAUUGGGGGUUAAUUUGCAUCUCUACUUCCUUCCACUGGGACAGUGAAUAAAAGCUCUCUGGUCGACACACAGGACGACCGCUUUUGGAAAGCGUGUGUUCACCUUUCCUUCUGCACCGUCCGCUGCUCAGGGAGCUUCUCUGAGCUCAGUGGUCCCCGCGCCCGGAGGGGACGGGGCUGGAAAGUCAGUGAAAGGGGCAUCUGCUCCUGCCCGGCCUGGGCCCUCGAGAAAACAGCGCGGACACGUGAUUAAUUUCCCUGCAGCGACUGUACGGAGACCCAGCAGAUACGCUGAGCCAGGCUAGCCUAGGAAGGAGCUCUCUCUGCUGCCCUGGUAGUUGAGAGGCUCAGAGAAGUGAAGGCAGUGGCCACAGUCGAACCAGCAUCUAGCUGACUGUGGAUCCCCUGCCCCUGACACCAUACGUGUUUCUUUUCUCCCCCCAAAGAUCACUGUUCCAGCCAAGAGAGACAGACGACCGACGCACUCAAAGGAAACCAAUCUGAAACUGUCAAGCCGCAGCAACACGGCUUUGCUUACCAAGGGAAUUAUGAGGAAAGCACAGGUUUGACCUCAAAGAACACCAGGUUCAAGUCCCAGGUUUGCCACGAACCAGCCGUGUGUCGGUGCGGGUGAUGGGGCCUCUUUCAGCGCCCAGGUCCCCUUCUGUAAAAAUGCUGCGUGGACCCUUUUGUCCUCCUGGUUGUGACAUUGUGGAUUCUGCAGCACUGGAUUGGAAACUUGCCACAAGACCCGAAAACAGGUAGCUUUGCCCAAAGAAAAUGCUCUUCUACAAAUGGAGAAGAUGGAUUUUUCCCUGGAAGUGGUGAAGAGUGAAAACACCUGAUUACCCUGGAGAACAAGAGCUCCAUCACAGAUCCUCGGUUCUUGGUAGCCACACCUGAGCCUUUUAAAGGUGUCCAAUUAGCACGGUGGGCAGAGCUUUAUCGAAACUGGCACUCACCCUAGUUCUUUCUGGUGGCGGUCUAGUCACUAAGUCGUGUCUGACUCUUGUAACCGCGUGGACCAGCCUCCUCUGUCCUGUAUCCAUGAGAUUUCCCCAGGGAAAAGUACUGGAGUGGAUUGCCAUUUCCUUCUCCAGGGGAUCUUCCCAACCCAGGGAUUGAACCUGGGUCUCCUACAUUGCAGGCAGAUUCUUUACUGACUAAUCCACCAGGGAAGCCUAGUUUUGUCUAGGGGCCCCCCUUUCCUCUCUGUUUUCUGCAAACCCACUGGACUAAGCUUUUAAAUUGUUUUAAAAUAUUUGAUUAAUGAGUAUUCUUUCCUUGCAGUCAUCAAGAGGCCAGAGUUGGUUGAAAUUGACCUGUUACCAUUAAUAAAUUCGUGAAAUUUCA